AUGUCACUCGUGGACCCAGUUGGUCAGGAAGACGAGUGUGACUCCGAUACUGGACUACUUGCCAUAUCAGAGACCGAGGACCUGUGCAACAUCUCGUACUCUCGUGAUGCCACGGUUACGGCUUUCAAGGAAUACUUCCAAUUCUUGACGCAAAUGUACCUGGACCCGGAACACGUGGUCUACCCUCCCGAUGACGGCUGGCCAGAAAUUACAACCGCGAGCAUGCAGGGGUUCCACAAGACAGACGAAGUCGUCGAUCUUCUUCGGCACCUGCCUGACGUGGUCAAUGAUACUGGGAGAGAGGUGCAUGCUGCUGGUCACUGCGAAUUCGUAGGUUGGUCCUCUAUCGCGAAGCGCGUUCAUGGAUCACCUGAAGGCACCUGGGACAAUGGCACACAGCCAGACCAUUGGUUGGUUCAAACGCAGGGAGUGUGGGAUAGCAUUCCUCCUCAUGUCGUCGGGUUUGUCAAAUCCAGACACUACAAGAUGUUCCUCGACACCAAGUUAGGAAUCAUUUCCUUCAUAGGAGGUGAUUUUCCUCCUGGGCCGAGAGUCGGCGCAGCACGACCUGAUGCGCCGUACCAAGCCGUUCGCGAUGACCCUAUUGACUAUGCGCCCGAGGAGGAAUAUGAGUGGCGGAGCGCUGGUGCUGCGUGGGCGAUUGGAGAGUUCUUCGCCAUGCUAAAAUACCACUUUCAGCAGCUUCAUUAUCUUCCUGUAUCUGACCGUAAAGUCGAGGAAUUGUUUGGAGAGCCAGCACAGUCCGGUGACGCAUGGGGUGAAAACCUGAAGAGUGUCCAGGAAGUAUAUCGACGCUACGGCUGGCCAGAUCUCGAGGUGUACCAGAAGGAUGCCUGCUUGAAAGCUGUGGCUGCGGAGGUGCAGGAGCGAGAGCGGAGUGAUCCAAAUGUCAUCUUUGCGGCUUAG